GCAGUCCAAACUCAACUUUUCUUUUGCACAGUGCACAGAGGAGAAAAAGGAAACUUCACGCCGGAGGGAGAAUGAGCUCCGGAGCCCGAAGAAAAGCGUGAAACAGAGGAACAGAAUCUGCUGCUGAGCUAUAGAAGGCACCUGGAACACGAGAUUCACGGAAGCAAGAAGAGGACCCGUGGCAGGACGGGAAGAUUCUGUUUCUACAAGGUGUGAACGGAGCUGGGGUUUCGAGGUGGAAAAAGGGAAACACUCUGGAUAGAAGGGGGGGAAGUUUUCUGGACUACGAAAAAAGGAGGAGGGUUGAAAAACGGAGAAGAGACUGACAGAGGGAGGUGAGUAUGUUAGAGGGUUCUUAUCGGAUUUUCGAGGAGUGAAUUUCUCGGGAAAACAGAAAAAAAAGAGGGAGAAAAGGGGUGUCUUUCUGGUUUCUUUUGGAGUACGGUAAGGUAAAAAAGAGGGGAAGAAAGUUUCAGGGGCUCUUGGUUUUCGGGAAAAAGAGAAGAAGAGUUCUCGGGACUGUUUCAAGUGAAAACCAAAGAGAUUUUUUACUAGAAUUAAGAAAGCUAAGAAAGGGAAGUGAGAACUGGAAGAGAAAAGGGACGAGAUGUGAGCCCAGAGAAGAGAGAGAAAGCUAAGGAGGAGGUGGAAAGACCGAGUGAGGCUAGAGGGUAGAAAGCGUGAGCAGAAGGAGACCGGUUUUGGUUUUCUGGAUUUGCUGAAAGGAGAUUCAUUACUGCAAGGACUUGUCUGUGGCUUUGCCCCAGAUUCUCCAGAAUGAGGCAUGGUAAAGAUGAAGCAUGUAGUAACGAGCCAGCCAUUGACUUGAUUUCAGCAGUGAAGGAGUUACAUGGGCGUAGCUCUCAGGAGCUUAAUAGGUUACUUAGAGAAACUGAGAAUUUUACCAUUCAUUAUAUUGCUGGAAAAGGUUCAUCAAUAAAGAUUGAUGUCGAAAAACUUGCAGGCUUUCUUCCUCUGCAUCUUAUUGCUGUGGUUAUGUCUUCCGACAGAGAUGAAACCAUGUUCAAGCAUUUAUUAUCUGGCAUUCGGCUUUUGCAUUCUCUGUCUGAUCUAGCACCCCGCCAUAGUAAACUUGAGCAGAUUUUGUUAGAUGAUGUAAAAGUAUCAGAGCAGGUGCUUGAUCUGGUGUUCUAUUUGCUAAUUGUCCUGGGUGGUUACAGACAGGAACAUCAUUGUUCAAGUGCUCUUCCCCUUCUACGUUCGGCACUAACAGCAGGCAGUCUAUAUCUGCUAACUGGAUGUAUAUCCUCACAGUGGCAAAAUAUUGUUCAAGUAUUACUUGCACACCCGAAGGUUGACAUAUUUAUGGAUGUUGCUUUUGGAGCUGUUCACACAGUUAUCAGGUCUCUCCAGAGCAAGCUGUCAGCUAGCCAUACUGAUCAUUGCACGGAGCUGAAUUUGGCUGGUGAACAUGUGGUUAACUACCUUUGUCAGCAAGGCGAGGCCUCUUUGCAGUGUCUUCUUGCGAUGUGCCAGCAAAAAGUUUUUCGGGAGCGCCUUGUUAAAAAUAAGGUCUUCAAAGAGCUAUGUGGAAACGGUGGUGUCCUUUUUCUGGCACAGUCAAUCUUAAAGUUAAGCAUACCACCAAAAUUUAUAGAAUCUCCCAUUCUGGUGGCUGCUGUGUCAAGGCUGAAAGCUAAAAUACUGUCAAUUUUAUUGCAUUUGUUUGAAGCAGAAAGUGUUUCUUACCUUGAUGAGGUUGCCUCCUCAGGAAGCCUGGAUUUGGCAAAGUCUGUUGCAGCAGAGGUUCUUGAAUUACUGAAGACUGCGCUUAGUAAAAAUCCCAACCAUCUUCAGACUUCUGACAGGACCUACUCUAUGGGGCUUUUGCAACUCAAUGCUUUGCGUUUGGUUGACAUCUUGUCAGAUGAUUCAAACUUCAGAUCUUACGUUACAGUGCAUUUUACUGAAGUUCUCAGUGCUAUAUUUUCAUUAUCUCAUGGAGAUUUCUUGUCCAUGUGGUGCUCUGGGAAUCUCCCUGUCAAGGAAGAAGAUGCUACCUUGGAAUAUGAUUCCUUUGCAGCAACUGGAUGGAUUUUGGAUUUAUUUUCUUCAUCAGACCGAGCAAAUUCAUCAACUUUAGAAUUUAAUUUAACUCCCAGUAAUAUGUCACAGUCUUCCUAUGUACAUCAGAGAACAUCAUUAUUUAUUAAAAUAAUUGCAAAUCUCCAUUGUUUCGUUCCCAAUAUCUGUGAAGAGCAGGAGAGAAAUCUCUUCCUUCACAAGUUUAUAGGUUGUUUGAGAAUGGAUCCAUCGGAGGUGUUACCUAGUUUUUCAUUUACCUCCAGUGCACAGAGAGCCUCUAUUGUAUGCAGGAACCUUCGUUCGCUGUUAAGCCACGCAGAAUCUUUGAUCCCUACUUUUUUGAAUGAGGAUGAUUUGCAGCUUUUGAGGAUUUUCUUUGACCAAUUACAAUCAUUGAUUGAUUCUGCUGAAGGUGAAGGAACUCAAAUUCAAGAGAGCAAAUAUGAGGGUUCUGUUUCCUGGGAGAAGUUCUCUAAACUCAAUAUUGGCAAUCAUUAUCAGGAUGCUCAAAGUACCGGUGGGUGCUCCUCAUCUGUUCAGAGAAAAGAACCUCCAAAUCAAAAUAAUCGGAAUGCUAAUCUAAAAGAGGAAAUUUCAGAGAGUUCUGCUUUCCCAGAAGAAAACCAAAUUGGUAUUAGAAGCAACCAAAUGGAAGUAGGCAAUGAUGUCACAAAGCAAGAGAGAAGAGAAUAUAAAGAUAGAUGUGGUGCAUCUGGAGUUUCAAGAGAGAAUGAUAGAGAUGUUCAAAAUGUUGAAACUAGUGGUUCGGACACAAGCUGUACAAGAGGAAAGAAUUCUGUUGAUCGAAUUGUUAAUGGUGAGUUUCCCAAAUUGAAGGAGCAUUUUAAAGAAGGUGGGUUUGGGGGAGUUCAAGAGGAUGAAAAGGUUGAAACUGUCCAGGAUGACAAGCAACGGAGGAAAAGGAAGCGCACUAUAAUGAAUGAUGAACAGAUUAUGUUGAUGGAGAGGGCCCUUUUGGAUGAGCCUGAUAUGCAGCGCAAUACAGCUUCUAUACAAGCAUGGGCAGAUGAGUUGAGUCACCAUGGUUCAGAAGUUACAUCAUCACAGCUGCGGAACUGGCUCAAUAACCGGAAAGCCAGGCUAGCUCGUGCCAGUAAGGAUGUUCGUCCAGCUCCUGAGAUUGACAACACUUUUCCAAGUAAGCAAACUGCACGAGGGCGACAGAGCUUAAGUGAAUCACCUAGCAGUCCUGGUGAUGACAAUCUCUCAUUAAAUCCGACAAAUACAAAAGGUAUCAAUACUCGAAGCUCGUCUAGAAUGGCCCCUCAUGAAAUGUCUGAGGUAAUGACACAGUACGGGAACAACUCUGCACCAGAAUUUGUCCAGUGCAAGCCAGGUCAGUACUUUGUGCUCGUCGAUGGGCAAGGAGAAGAGAUUGCUAGAGGGAAGGUACACCAAGUGCAAGGUAAAUGGUAUGGAAGGAGCUUAGAAGAAUCAGAGACUUGCAUUGUGGAUAUCCUGGAGCUGAAGGCUGAUAGAAGAUUGGGGCUUCCUUAUCCUUCAGAGGACACAGGUACGAAUUUUGAGGAGGCCGAAAUGAAGAUUGGGGUAAUGAGAGUGAUGUGGGAUUUGAACAAAAUAUAUGUGUUACAGUCUCAAUAAUGUUCAGCUUUCGUUAGUCUGGACUGUUCUAGAAAUUUUUGUUAGCUGAAAAGUGAACUGUGAAUAUAGCCAGCCUAGUUUCAGAAAAAUUUUAGACACCAAUUAGCAAAAGGAUCAAUUUCUCUCUCUAUUCUCGUAUAAGAACUUGCAUUUGUGUCGCUAUCCCUUUCUAUGCACAUGAGAUUAUGCC